CUCUGUCUGAUAGCGAGAAGAUCUCUUCGAAUUUGUGGCGCCGUAGCGAGUGCAGUAACAAAAAUGCUUUGAUUGAUGAUUUUAUGUCUGAAAAGGUCCAAAAUUGGUCCAAAGAUUCAAACAAACCUCAAAUAAAAGAAAGAAAGCUCCGAGAAUGAGGUUGGUAAAGAUGGCGCAAUUCCGCGCGAAAAUCGUCCUUAUGGCAUGUUGGUCGUGAGUAUGUUGUGUUUACAUGCUGCUCCUGCUGUUCUGCAUGUCUAGCAUAGCAACCAUAUGAUUUAAAAUGUCUUUUCUUACAACGAUUAUGUAAGCAACUGUUAACAGCACCAAGUAUAUGUUAUUCACACAGAGAUUGUUGGUUACUUUUCCAGCCCUCGGGAAGAGGAGACUUCUAAUUCAAAAAGAAUCACAAGAUCUGGUUCAAAACUGAAUACUAUGGCACCACUAUCAGCUAAUAAAACACGAAUGGCUACAGGAAAAGAAAAUUCUGUAACCCAAGGUACAGUGGACAAAGAACAUGCCACAUCAAAUAACACAAAAUUUAUUCUAGAAGACAAAACUAACGAAAUAAAGAAAACAUGUGACAACCUAGUAAAAGCAAACGCUUCAGAUAGGGAGAGAUAUGAAACUGAUUUAACUGCAGUACCACAAAAUACAAUUGAAGACACUGUGACUAAAAUUAACUGUCAGUUUAAUUGGAAACAAAUAUGUGUAGAUAAUUGUCAAAAACAAGAGGUUAUGGAAGACAGGCUUUUAAAUAAAAAUAUUGAUAAUUUGAGGGAAAGCACCACUUCAUCAAGUGAACCUUUAAAUACAAGUGACGCUAAGGAAGAUAUGAAAGAUUCUUUAAAGGCUGUUGAUUCUUACAUGGACAGUACAAGUAGCAUUCAUGCAUUGCAAGAAAAGGCCGGCAGUUACAAUGAAAUCAUCACAAAAAAUAUUGACAACAGGGAAAAGGGUAAUCAUGUGGAGAAAGAUAAAAUGAAAGACAUUGGUAAUAGUUCCACAUAUUCUGAAAAACAUUCUGAGAUUGUUGAUAAUAAUAACGAUAGCAGGACGAGUGAUGUUGUUAUGGAUAUCUGCAAUACUGAGAAAACAGAAAACGCUUGUACAUCUUCUAAUCAUGAAAAUGAUAAAAAUAAACUAGAAGAAACUAAAUCAGAAUCAGGUGAUGUACACAAAGCUGAAUCUAUAGACUCUGGAAUAGAGGCUGAACGUGGGAAAGUGGUUGAAGAACGCAAGGCAGUGGACAGGAACAAAAUUGAAUUACAAAGAGGGUCUCCCGUACAGCAGGGUAUAACACAAGAAAUGGUUGAUGAAGAAGAAAAGUAUAAGAAGGAAGAGGAGAAAAAUUUAGAAGAAAUCAGAGAAAAGGCAAGAGCAGAAUUACUGCGGACUGGUAAAAAACAACGUUACGACCGUUUACAACUCCUUUUAAAUCGCUCUCAAAUGUACGCAACCUACUUACUGGGUAGAAUAAAUGCUCGACGAGAAGCAGAAGAAAAGAAAUCGAUUCGACAAGAAAAAACAAAAAAGGAACAAGAAGAGAAGGCAAACACACAAAGAGAUGUGGAUCACAAAAAUCAAGGAAAUGAUAAAAAGGUUGAAGUGAAAAAGGCUAAGAAAAAACGAGGUAGACAGAAAAGAAAACUAGAGGAAACUAUUAAUACAGAAGAAUACGAAGAUGACGAAGAGUUACAAGGAAAAGCUAAAAAACUGAAGACAGACCCCACUGAGCAAACUGAAGUAACUGGACCACCGAAGCAGGAAGAUGAGACUAAACCUCUUCAAAGAACCUUAAAUGGCGAGAAAAUCUCAGAUCGGCAACCACUGCUUUUAACAGGCGGUGUGAUGCGAGAAUAUCAAUUAGAAGGCAUGGAAUGGCUGCGUGGAUUAUUCGAGCAUGGAAUUAAUGGAAUAUUGGCCGAUGAAAUGGGUCUGGGAAAAACUAUCCAAUCGAUAGCCCUAAUUUGUACUUUAGUUGAACAAAAGGUUGUGGGACCAUUUCUUAUUGCUGCACCCUUGUCAACAUUACCAAACUGGAUAUCUGAAUUUAAAAAGUUUGCUCCAGAGGUCCAAACGGUACUCUACCAUGGCAACAUUAAAGAGCGUUCUUUGUUGCGUAGAAAGUUACUACGAAUUAAAAAGUACAGUCAUGGACUAAGAAGCUUACCUGUUGUUAUCUCUUCAUAUGAAAUAUUGAUGCGUGACCGAGCAUUAUUAGAGCAGUAUAAUGUGGAAUGGAAAUAUUUGAUUGUGGACGAAGGUCAUCGAAUCAAAAAUCUAAACUGUAAAUUAAUAAAAGAGUUGAAACUUUACAGAACAUCAAACAGAUUACUUCUGACUGGUACACCAUUACAGAAUAACCUCUCUGAACUCUGGUCGCUUUUGAAUUUUCUUCUACCUGAUAUUUUUGAUGACUUAAGCAGUUUCCAGUCCUGGUUUGACUUCAGUGCAAUUGAAGAUAACCAAAAGUUGAUUGCACAAGAACAAGAAGCCAGUGUGUUGCAGACUUUACAUUCAAUCUUAACGCCUUUCCUGUUACGUCGUUUGAAAACUGACGUUGAUCUUUCCAUACCUCCAAAGAAAGAAAUUUUAGUUUACGCACCAUUAACACAGAAGCAGCAGGAUUUCUAUCGAACAACUUUAGAUCGAACGAUAUUAGAUGCCAUUUCAAAGAAGAAUAACCCAGUAGUUGCUCAGGAAUUAACUCCUUCUGGUCGCCCAAAGAGAAAAUCGACGAAAGUUAUAAAGUAUAUUGAAAGUGCUGGUGAAGAGGAAGAGUUUGAUCUUGAUCAGCUGAUAAAAGAAAUGGAAGAGAUGGAGAAAAGAAAAGAGGAAGCAGAAGCGAUCAUGUCAGAUAAACAAAGCAAGCUUUCAAUUGUCAACAUUAAACUUCAAAAUAUAAUGAUGAUGUUAAGAAAAUGUUGCAACCACCCUUACUUGCUUGAAUACCCGUACAACGCGAAGACAGGAGAGCUGAUUAUAGAUGAACGUCUCAUCGAGUGUUCUGGUAAAAUGCUGAUGUUAGAUAGAAUGCUGCCUGAAUUAAAACGUCGUGGUCAUAAGGUGCUACUAUUUUCACAGAUGACUCAGAUGUUGGAUAUCUUUGGUGACUACUGCUCCUUGAAAAAUUACAAGUACUCACGAAUCGAUGGUACAAUGAGAAUCGAAGCUCGGCAAGAAAGCAUUGAAAAAUUUACCGAUGAUGACGAAGUCUUUCUCUUUUUGCUCAGUACAAGAGCUGGAGGUCUGGGAUUGAAUUUAAUGAUGGCUGACACGUGUAUUAUAUACGACAGUGAUUGGAAUCCUCAAGUCGAUCUACAAGCGCAGGAUCGUUGUCAUCGCAUUGGACAGAAGAAAGCUGUAGUCAUUUACAGACUGGUCACUGCAAAUACCAUUGAUCAAAGAAUUAUUGAAAGAGCUGCGAAUAAAAGAAAAUUGGAGAAAAUGAUAAUUCACAAAAAAAAUUUCAAAGGACAUAAUUUUGCAUCGGCUAUCUCACCGCAAGAGUUACUCGAAUUACUCGAAUCAAAAGACGCUAACUCGUCCGUCGAUAUUCAAGGCGUUAUAUCAGACGAAAAUUUAAAUAAACUUCUAGAUCGUAGCGACAUGGCCGGUUGGGAAUUAAAGAAGUCAACAGAAAAGGAUUCAGACUCAACAAAAAAUGAACCUAAUGUUACUACUCCCGUUCAAGACACUUCAGUAACGAACGCUCAAUUUAAAGUUUUGGAAACGAAAGAAGUUAAUGAUUUUAUUUUUUAGUUAAUUAGGUUUUUACGUUUUGGUAAUAGUCCGAGCGAAUUCCUUUUGCAAAAACAUCAGCGUCUUACUGCUACACGGGGCAAUUUUGAAAGCAAAGUCACCCACACCAUUCUUCUGCAAUAGUUUAUACUUUCGUUUUGCUCGACGACCUCCCACCCCCCGUUCUUACCUCUACCCGACCGCCAUUUUUUACCCAUCACCCCCCUCCUUUUGUGACUAUCUGUGAUACAGCUUAAGGCAAGCGACCCUGGGAAAAAGUUGCUUCUCAGGAACAACUUCAAAAAUUUCAAUCUCCUAUUUCAGUUAUAACGUUUUUUAAAAAUUUUAUAGAAAGCAAAGAAAAUGUGUUUUUCUUGCAGAAUUGUACAUAUUGUUGCAUACUAUUUAUUUCGUUGAAAGCUAGUUUUUUUUGGAGAUAUGGACGCCUAAAGAAUCGUAAGUCUCAAAUGUUUACAUAGUAUUCGUUUAGGAUUGUUAUGUAGAAUACACCGUUUUUUGUUUAUGUUAAAGCGGCCUCCUUUUCAGUGCAUUUCGAGUCGUCAGUGCCAAAGAGAGGCUGUAUCAAGCAUGUUAUAGUUUUAAUGUUCUUCAGAUUUUUUGCUUGUUGUUUUUGAAAAACGUACUUUAGAAUCAGUAACAUUCGCUACCAUUGGACCGUUUCGUUAAAGUUGAUAACGAGCUAAAGGUGUUACAACGCACAAUUUCCUCCCCUAAAAUCGUGGCAAAAAACAUUUUUCCUCUUCUGAGCUGAAGCCACUGAGAAAAAAGUCGUUUUGUAAAAAGACACAGUUUGUUACCGUGAAAGUUUGCGAUUUUAAAGUACGGAAAAGUCCAAGUAACCGCUACUCCUGGAAAGCUCUUGUUUUUUGUUUAGUGUUUUUUAGUUGGUCAGGUUUUGUUUAUUUUUCUCAUUCAAAGUUUUGUUUUUGUCCGACAUAUAUAGAAAAUAAGAGACCGCCCCAAAAGUGUGAUACAUAAAUAUGAAAUAUAAAUACAUAAAUAUUUUAUUUUUAGAAUACAUCAAGCUGUAAAGACCAAACAAAUAUUUGUUUUACCUUGUAAAAUCAUUGAAAGAGAAGUUUGUUUCCAAGCCAUUUUUUGUUGUGUCACACUAGAGGCUGACACUUAAACAUUGACGUAAAAUGAGGUUUAAAAUUUGAGGAAGAGGAAACUAUUUAAUGGUAUUAGGCAAAAAAAAGUUAUUUUGCGACAGUCCCAUCAUUCCAACCUUCUCCCUAGACCCUCUUUUUAACAUUUGCUUAGUAACCAAUGUUAUUAUAAAAAGGGUUAAUCGGAUCCUGUUUAUUCGGUGUCGUAGAUGUAUUACUGCGUUUUUUAUUCGUUGCGCUGUUCGGUCAACCUCUUCCCCAGAGCUCUUUUUCAACCAUCUUGUGCUGUCUCGGUGUCUGCCAUUUUAAGAGGACAAAGUUGAUUUUUGGUGAUACCUAUAACAUUAGCAUGUUACAUAUUUAAAUUUUUGUGGUACAUGCGUGUUGUAGCAAAAAAGGCAAAUAUUUUAUUGUUAGAUUUUCAGGUUUUUAGUAGAAAUAAUGAUGCAUAAUGGUCUUUUGUAUUAGUACAAGCUCGACCCUUAAAUUCCUUAAAUUGUUUUUUUUUUGGGGAUAUUGGAAGUUUAUUAAAAGAAAAUGUUUUUAAGACCUGUGUUCCAGAAUUGUUUUUGAUUUCUGCAUUUUUGACAAGAGACUUUGUUGGUUUUUCUGUUUGUUUCCUUGCUACCGCUUUUGAAUGCGAAUUUUCGAAUGGAGACGUUCUUAAAUUCUUUCGAAUUUUUGUUAGACACCC